AUGGGUUCCCCCGCCCAACUUCGAGCGAAGAUGACGGCCAGCCCAGAGCUCAUAAUUGAUAUUCGGGGCGAUCACGCCAAUUUGAUUUCAAUCAAUCGAUUUCUUCCUUCUCCUGCCGCUGCUACUGCUGCAUCGGUUGAAGCACUCAAAGUCAACUACUCUUACGACGGAUCUUGUAAUUAUCGUCUGUCUGAUCGACUUAACUAUCAACAAAUGGAAGCCUUCCUCCACUAG